UGAUAAUGCUGAUACGAUGCCAAAAUUGAAUUCAUCAUCGAUAUGAAUUCUCAGGAAUGAGCUCUGUACCUACCCAGUUCACUGAUUCCACAGGCAAUAUUAGUGCUCCUGUGUUCACGUUUCCUGGAGGAGCCGAUGAUCCAACAGUCUUAGCCCAAGGAAUAUUUGUAGAAGCAGACAAGCACUUGAUACAGUCGGCAGCAUUCCAAACAUCUUCGGGGACAUCAUCAUAUGAGAUUUGGGUCUACAUCUUUGUACUAGAGUUCAAUCGCAUGUACAGAGGAAGUGUUCUAGAUAGCGGAAAUACUCGAGGUAUAGAGCUAAAGAUAUAGUGUCUGAUUUCUCAGACUGGGCAGGGCAAUUUUUGUACCAUACUCAAGAAUCUAAAGGAGGAUCUGUUACAAAGGGAUGGAAUAAAAUAGGUGCAACUUUUGAUUCCAGCUCUGCAUCGCAUCACAUUCUGAAUUCAAAGAACGGUCUAACGUCCUCUGACAUAGACAUCUCAGCAUCAGCUACGACUGCUGGUGUCAAACUAGGGUGAAUCCUUGCAUGAACUAAUGGCUACAUUAUCCAUAGUCUUUCUUUUCGUGAUGACAACAUCCUUGGGAUACCUUUUAAUCCAUAUGAAGUGACUAACUUGUUUGAUACAUGCGGAGACGGAACAAUACAAACAGCUAAUGUUGAAGAAUGUGAUGAUAGUAAUUAAUGUUGAUGGGGAUGGAUGAACAGAAGCAUGAUUACUUGAAACUUCAAGUUGAAGUGCAAAUCCUGUAUCUUGAGGAACAGCUCUUUCAUCAUCACCACCUCCAGCUUCUUCACCACCUCCAGCUUCUUCACCAUCUACUACAUGUGGAAAUGGGAAUGUUGAAAAUGGAGAAAAUUGAGACGAUGGAAAUACAAACGGUGGAGAUGGAUGUAAUAGCUCUUGUAACGUCGAACAAGGCUGGACUUGAACUGGCGGCUCAAUCUCUACUCAAAGUGCAUGUAGUAUUCAAUGAACAGUUCAAAACUGUCAAACUUGAGAUGCUAAUAAUUCUACAAUUUGCUCAAAGUGAAAUAAUGGGUAUAAUUUACUACAAAAUAAAACUUGAAGAUAUUUUGAAGUAUCAAGUCAGGCAAAAACUAUGUCAUCUACUUUUCAAGUUACAGCCGGAAUUGGAGCAUGUUUCGGUAUAAUAGCAAGCCUGAUAAAUUUAUCAUCACCAGUAGGAGUGUGGGCAAUGGCUAAUCAGAUACAGCUUAUGCUUCUGUUCCUAUUGACUAAUUCUUCCCUCCCGUCUGAUGUAAUUGAGUAUAUAACCUCCAAUGAUAUAUUUUCGUUCAAUAUGAAAUUUCUACCGGUCACAAGUAUCUUUAUUAUGAGGAUUCCAAUGGAGUGGAUUGAAAUAGAACAAAGUAAUAUCUAUCUUGACGAUAUCGGUAUUGAAUCAGGGAGUUCAUUUAACAAUAAUAUCAGAAUAUUAUUGAUCUUCGGUAUUCUUGGACUUUUGCAUCUUAUUGUGAACUGCCUUCCCAGACAAGUAUCAGAAACUCAAUCUAAAACCAAAAGAAUCCUUUGAAAGGUCUUUGGAUAUUUAUGGGAAUUACUAACUUUUGCUAUCCAAAUCAGAAUAAUCCUAGAAGGGUUCCAAUAUGUAUUAUUAUCUAGUAUCAGUGAGAUCAAGAAGUUUGAUGAUACAAGCACUAAAUCCAUAGUCUCUUUGUCAGUUGCUAUUCUUUUGGUUUCAUCUUGCUCUUUUAUUUUAGUGCUUGCAAUUAGCCACUAUUUGAGCAAUAUAUCUGAAAAGAAUGAACAUGAAAAAUUGGGAGAAUUCUCAGCAGGAUUGAAGAAGCAGAGGAAAGCUAGAUUUUACACACCAUUACUUGUUUUCAGAAGGAUCUUAUUGUGCUCAUGGCUGAUCAUUUUUAGUCGUCAGUCAAGUACAGUUUUAGUUUCAGUAAUGCUUGCAACUCAGUUUGUAUAUUUCUCAGUGCUUAUUUAUAUUAAUGCAUUUGAAGAGAAGCAAAAUGCCUUGAUUGAAUAUAUCAAUGAAGCUUUCUUUAUAUUUUUGAUAGUGUAUUUAUUAAAAUACAACAGUGAAUCAAAAUGGAAAUCAACUCCAAAGAAUGUCUAUCUCUAUAUAAUGAUGAGCAAUAAUGGAAUAAUAGUAUUGAUCCUUUGAAUUUGUAGUGCCUUCUCUCUUAUUUCAAAGCUAUCAUGUAAACCAUCCAGGUCAAAAAAAAUUAUGAAUCCUAUCAAUAGUCGAGCUCCUAAUAUUCCUUCUGCUACAAAGUUCAGAGUGACAGAGAUUUCUUCCUCAAAUAUCCACAUGCAUUCACCUCACAGAUAUUCUUUAAACAGAUCUCCAAAACUUGCUGCUCCUAGACAGGGAGCCAAUAAAAAUGCUAAAAUACAGCCAGUUCAAUUUUAAAUGCAGAUUCAA